AGACAAUUGCGGUAUCUAAGAUGGACUUUUCUUUUGGUUGUAAAACGGCGGUUAUGAGGGAUGUGGUAGAGUAUAGACGGCCGUUUAUAAACCCCAAAACCUCCCAAAAACCACCAUCCAAAAAUAAAUCUCAAAAAAAGGAAAAAAGAAAAACCCUAACCGGCCUUUCCCUGUUGCCAGUCCCCUCCUGUCGUCGGUCGUCCCAAUGCUGUCCGCCGGCCGCCGCCGUCUCUGCCUCUUCCCCUUCCCUCUCCGCCACUUCACUGCGGCCGUUUCCACCACCACCACCACCACCACCACCACCACCUCCGACGCUGCCGCUGCCGACCCCACUGUCUUCUACCUGGAAUCCACCUGCGCGCUCUCCCCCGCCGCCGCCGCCCGCGCUGCGGACUCCAUCCGCCUCGCCUCCCCGGAGUCCACUGCGCAGGCCGACGCCGUCCUCGACCUCCUCCGCCGGUAUGGCUUCACCGACGCCGAGAUAUCCACCACCGUCCGCAAGUUCCCCAUCGUCCUGGUCUCCGACCCCGUCAAGACACUCCAGCCCAAGCUCGACUUCCUCGCCUCCGUCGGCAUCAACGCGCCGCUCCUCCCCAGGCUCGUCUCCCUCAGCCCCGUUGUCCUCCACCGCAGCAUCCAGGACCAACUCGCCCCGCUCUUCGAAUCUCUCCGCGAGCUCCUCGGCUCCAAUGCCCGCGUCGUCACCGCGCUCCGCCAGAUGCCGUUCGUUGUCCGCUGCAGCCCCAACAGUACCCUCAACCUCGUGCUCCCCGCACUAAGAGAUGUCCACGGCUUGCCCCCGGAGGACGUCUCCAAGCUCGUCGCCGUCCACCCCGGCGUCAUCAUGCAGGGCCCCCACCGCUUGGCCGAGAUCGUCCAGGCCGUCAAGGACGUUGGCAUGGAACCCGGUGAGCCCAUGUUCGUCAACACAUUUUCCAUCAUUUCCAAGAUGAAGACCCCCACACUGGAGAGGAAGUAUGCACUCUACCAGAGCCUUGGCUUCGAGAAGGACAAUGUUGCCUUAAUGUUGCGGCGGUACCCACUCAUGAUGGCUAUCUCAGAGAAGAAGAUGAAGGAAAAUGUCGGAUUCUUGGUCGGAAAGGCGGGUCUGAGCCUGGAAGAUAUCGUGGCCUAUCCGAGCAUGCUGGUGCGGAGCUUGGAGAGCCAUCGCAGGAGGUGUGCGGUGCUCGCACUGCUGAGGAAGGAAGGUGUAUGUGCAGCCACACCAAAACGAGAUCCCUGAUGUCGUCCGGGCUCUCAACGGAGAGAUCCCUUUCGAGGGCUUCAAUGUGUUGGAGUAGCCACAGCCGCCCAGGAAGAUGAGCCUUUGUUGUCAUCGGCCUAUGCAGUUCUUGGUGGGAUCUGCUUAGGCAGUUUUCUGAAGAUUCUGUUGCUUGGCCAAUGUUUGUUCUUGGUAGGAUUUGCUUAGGCAGCUUUCUCAAGAUUGGUGUUGCUCUUGCAACAAGACUGCCAAGGGUAUGGUUAUGCAAGAACAGAUUUUGAGCUACUGGGUGGUCAUCAAAGCUUGUAGUGUAAUAAAACAUUAACUGGAAGCUAACUUGUUGAGCAAUGAUCAUUGGUAAUUCUAGUUUCAGGCCUCAGAAUGUGUAACAUGAAUUGAAAAUGGAUGUUUCUCAUUAAUGAACAGUCAUUUGGAUGCA